AUGGGGAUCAGGCACUACUUUCGCGCAAAGCCAUCCAACGGCAAGGCUCCCGCGCGAGAUCCAGCUGCAGCUUCCCAGGCUGAUCAUGCCGCUGAACUCAGGCCGCCAUUGUUCCCGGCUUCGGGCUCCGAAACCGCUUCUGGCGAAGCAUCUUCCAGAUCCUCAGCUAUUAUGGUUGAUGACAUAAAGCAUGAGGUUAUGGUUAGCUAUUUGUACCAGCAACAGUCAAGCCAGCUCUGGGUCAACCCUAACCCUCCACCUGGUCGAUCAAACGAGAAUGAGGGCGUUUUGCUGAGGAAGAGUAAAGGGCAAUAUAUGGCUUGCCCGGCCUCAUUGUCAAAUAGUCUUUUUGCCGAGGCUUGCUCAGUGUUGAAUGUCCACGUUGCUAUGACUGUUAGUUCCAGGGUCAUCAAAACAUUUCUCCAAUGGUCUCCUGAGGCGGUAGACGUCCCCCUCAUGAACGGUCUACGUAUUCAGAUCGUCCCGACAAUUGCGGAUCUUCCGAGAGCGAGGAAGCUCCAGUUCGCUGCAUUCGUAGCUAGAGAGGCCAUACUCGUGGUCUGGGAUGACGAUCCGCUCAACAUUGUUGCCCGUGCAAAGUCCAUUGAGAAUGAGUUGAUGGCACUGGUGUGGAAGACGCCAGAAGUCGAGGAGGAAGAGUUGGCGAAGACAGAGUUGGCCGCUAAUGUGGUGGAGGUUAUCGAUGAGGAAUCUGGAAAAGUCUCUGGAUAUUGGGAGAGGCGCCCGACAAAUUUGCUGAAUACCAUCUUGGUCGCGUUCACCCUAGCGCUCAUCAUAACUACUCUAGGAGCUGGGUAUAGGCAGAUUGGAAUUGAGGUUGCGGUCGAUGGGAAUAUGUUGAGACUUGCUUUCGUCGCCCUGACACCGAUUCAGAUAUUCUUCACCCUGUUCUUCGGUCAGGUCAUCAUAGGGUGUACCGCUCAGUGUAUAGGCCCGGUAUCUCAGUUGACCUAUAACUCCAAGUACUAUUCUGCGAGGCCCCCCCCACGUCUACGCUCUGGGCCACUCCCCCACAUUACUAUCCAGUGCCCUGUGUAUAAGGAGGGUCUUUCCGGGGUUAUCGCUCCAACAAUAAAGUCCAUCAAACAGGCCAUCAGUACGUACGAGCUCCAGGGUGGCACCGCCAAUAUCUUGAUCAACGACGAUGGGCUGCAGCUUUACAAAGAUGAAGAUCAGCACCUUCGGAAGGAGAGGAUCGACUUCUAUGCGGACCAUAACAUUGGUUGGGUUGCCAGGCCCCCACACGGGAAAGGUGGUUUCCAGAGAAAGGGUAAAUUCAAGAAGGCAUCCAACAUGAACUUCGCCCUCAUGAUAUCUUGUAAAGUCGAGGAUAAACUCGCAUUAAUUGAACGGAAUGAAAGUUGGACUCAAGCCAAAGAAGCUCAAGCUUAUGAGAAUUGCUUGAAGGAAGUUUUGGACGAAGAUGGACGCGCUUGGGCGGAUGGUAACAUCCGUGUUGGAGACUACAUCUUGCUCGUCGAUUCUGAUACCCGGGUACCUCCUGAUUGUCUACUUGAUGCUGCUUCUGAGAUGGAGCAAUCUCCCGAGGUCGGAAUCAUGCAAUACUCCUCAGGCGUCAUGCAAGUUGUACACAACUAUUUCGAAAACGGAAUCACUUUCUUCACCAAUCUGAUUUACACUGCUAUUCGCUAUACUGUUGCCAACGGCGAUGUGGCUCCUUUUGUGGGACAUAAUGCUAUUCUUCGAUGGUCUGCUAUUCAACAGGUUUCCUACAAAGAUGAGGAUGGGUAUGAGAAAUUUUGGUCUGAAUCACACGUGUCCGAGGAUUUCGAUAUGUCUCUGCGAUUGCAAGUCAACGGAUACACUAUCAGACUUGCUGCUUACACUGGUGAAGGGUUCAAAGAGGGUGUCUCUCUUACUGUGUAUGAUGAACUGGCGCGUUGGGAAAAGUAUGCCUAUGGAUGCAAUGAACUUUUGUUUCAUCCCUUGCGAUUCUGGCCUAUCCGUGGACCCUUCACUCCUUUGUUUCGCAAAUUCUUGUUCUCGAACAUCCGUAUGACGUCCAAAAUUACCAUCAUCUCUUACAUUGGAACAUACUACGCUAUUGGCGCCGCAUGGAUCAUGACGACCGCCAAUUACUUUGCGAUUGGCUGGUAUAAUGGAUAUCUCGACAAGUAUUACAUCGACUCCUGGAAGGUGUGGUUUUCGAUUGUCAUUGUGUUCAAUCUUUUCGGAAACGUGGCGCUGGCAGUUAUGAGGUAUCGUGUUGGCGAAAAACCCUUCUUCUCAUCUUUGCUCGAAAACUUUAAGUGGGUCUUCCUCCUUGGCAUAUUCCUUGGCGGUCUCUCCCUACACGUUUCCCAGGCACUCCUUUCCCACAUGUUUGAAAUCAACAUGGUCUGGGGAGCGACUGCCAAGGAAAUCGAGUUCUCCAACUUCUUUAUCGAAGUUCCCAAAGUUAUGAAGCGUUUCAAAUUUUCGUUCGCCUUCUCGAUUUUAGCAAUUGUGGCAAUGAUCGUGCUCGCCACUGCUUCCUUCGUUCCCCAUAGUUGGGUCAUCAAGGAUUUUGUCGCCAUCUUGCCUAUGGCAACUGUGGCGGGCAGUCAUCUGCUGCUGCCCAUCGCAUUGAACCCUGCAUUGAUGACAUUCCAGUGGUAG